AAAAAACUUGUAACGUUCAAGUGAAAAACAUUAUAGAUUUGUAAUUCAUUUGUGUAUCAAUAGACAAACAAGUGAAAAAGUGGAGUAUUUUACAACUGAAAAUGUGGUUGCAGCCGCGCGGCGGGGGUCUAGAAUGGUGGGCGUCCGCGUUCGUGGUGACCACCAUCCUCGUGGGUACGUUGCUAGGCAACGGGGGGGUGCUGCUGGGGCUGCGGGGGGGUCGGCGGGCGUACCACUACCCCCUGACGAGUCUGGUGGCGGCGGAUAUGCUGGUUGGCGUCGCCGUGCAGCCGCUCGCCGCUGCUACUGAACUGUUUGUGUUUAAAUUGAACCGGUACAUCUGUGGCUUCUGGAGCACUAUGGACGUGCUGUGCUGCACGGCGUCCAUCCUGUCGCUGUGCGCGCUGGCCUGGGAGCGCUGGUACGGCAUCACCGCGCCGCUCGCCAGGUCGAAGCGCGCCCGGCGCAGCAAGUUUCUGGCGUACUGCGUGUGGCCGGCGUCGGCGCUGGUGGCGCUGCCCAAUGCGCUGCUCACCCCCCCGCACCACUUCGACCCCGGGAAACUGGAGAAGGGCUGCCCCGUUAAUGUUAAUACUGGCUACGUGUUCUUCAGCAUCUCUCUAUCGUUCUACCUACCAGCUGCAUUGCUGGUGGUGAUGUACGGGUGUAUACUCCGCGCGCUCGCCGCACCCCCGCCCAUCAGAGCGCAUAGAGGAAGGUCGCCCGCUGUAAACACGGCCAAUCUAGUGGAAAGGAGUAAUAGCAAUGACACAGGGAAUUCCGAAGACAUUAACAUGAAUGUUCUCGGUACCACUAACGGCGGUCCUGCAGCACAAAAAUGCACUUCACACGAAGCUUUUAUUCGCCGUCAGCGUCGCGCCACGCGGACUAUCGUGAUCCUCAUGGCGCUGUUCUUGGUCUGCUGGACGCCGUAUUUCAUCAUACUGCCCUUGGACUCCCUGUGCCACUGCGUGAACCCCAGCACCUGGUUGUGGUGCACGUGGCUGGGCUACGCCAACUCCGCGCUCAACCCGCUCGUGUACGCCGCGGCCUUCCGAGGUGGUGGUAGACAACGGUCAUCGACUAUGUCUUCGUCGCGGUAGAGAUCGGUCAACUGUCAAACGUAAUUGAGCGACAAGAUGGCGGCGGCGCACAAAAUGGCGGCGACGACAGCGGGCCGGGCCGUGGAGGCGCCGCCGAAGUCCCGGGCGUC